CUUUUGAUGGACUAGAUACGAAGUAUAAGCUUGACAAAUACUUGACUGAAAACGACUUGAUAAUAAACUCCAAACCAAUUGUACUCGACUCUGACCUGGCUUUUCGUCGCACGCCGGAGAGACAAUUUUAUCGCCCUGUGACAAUGCAGUACAUUUCAAUUACGGAGUCACUUCUCCAACUUUUACGAAAACCUGGUUUCUUUGAGAUUCUUGAAUUAAACAAGUCGUAUAAUGGAGAUGUGUUUACUACGUUCCGCGAUGGAUUGCUUUUUAGCCAAAUGAAUUUCCCCAAAAACACAAUAUUUAUAAAUAUUUACUUUGACGAGGCUGAGGUAGCAAAUCCUUUAGGGUCGAAGGCUGGCAAGCAUAAGCUGAGUAACUUCUACUAUUCGAUUCUUGAUCUCCCAAAAUUUAUGUUGUCAUCGUUAGAUAAUAUUCUUCUGUUAGCAUCAGUGAAAAGCUCUGACAUGAAAAUUUCUUCAUCAAAUUCAGUUGUGCGAGUAAUAGUUGAGGAAUUAAUUUCGCUGUGGAAUGUGGGAAUUGAUUUUGACCUUAACGGGGUAAAGACGAAUGUGAAAGUUGCACUCGCUCAAUUAUCUGGGGAUAAUUUAGGCCUUCACUCCAUUUUAGGGUUUACAGAAGGUUUCACUGCCAAUUUUCCAUGUCGACGUUGUAGAUUACAUAGGCAAGAAUGCCAGAAAUCUUUUAUUUUAAAUGACGCUAAUUUACGUACGGUAGAAAACUACACUGCUGACCUUAGGUCUAAUAACUUUUCAGCAACAGGAAUUAAUUUUGAAUCAGUACUCAAUCGGCUUCCAUAUCACCAUGUUACGAAGAUGGUAGUGUUCGAUAUCAUGCAUGAUACAUUUGAGGGAGUUGGUAUGGAUUUAGUUAUUCUUUUACUUCAGCACUUAAUAAGUCAAAAAUUCAUGACCUUAGACAAAUUAAAUCACAGGAUUGAAUCCUUCGAUUAUGGUAGACAUUUCUGCAAUACCAAGCCUUCAAUUUUUAAACAAAGUUACCUUAAAGGUGAUUCCAAAUCUGGCCAGAAUGCUUCCCAAUCACUAUGUUUGAUAACGGUUUUACCUCUGCUAAUUGGUGACUUGGUCCCAGUCGGGAAUAUUCAGUGGAAUUUGUUUCUCACGUUUAGGGAAAUUUUAGAUAUUCUAAUGGCUCCAAGUAUCUCUAAGGGUGGUUUGACAUAUGUAGACUCAUUGAUUUCGGAAUUUUGUAUGUCAUAUCAAGGAAUAUUUAAGAAAUUGCUCAAGCCAAAGCAUCACCAUUUAUUGCAUUAUGCAAGUUCAAUUGAAUUGAUUGGACCACUUCAUUAUUUUUGGAGCAUGGCAUAUGAAGCAAAACAUAAAUUCUUUAAAACAAAUGCGCAUAUGACUUGUAAUUUUAGAAAUAUUGCCAAAUCAGUCUGUUAUCGUCAUCAACUGUCCCGAAGUUUUCGUCUGUUGUCUAAAAAUGAGUUCUACCCUAAUGAUUUUCAUUGUGAUAUUUACGACACAGUUCAAGUAUCGUCUUUGGAAUUCGAGAAUUUAAUUAGGGACAGAUUUAACAUGGAAAUGGUAAAAAUUUCUAACAAGGCAACUUUAAACGGGUUGGAGUAUCGGAUUGGUAGUUUUGUGUACUUGGGCUGCAGAGAAGAGGAACAGUUGUUUGGUCGAAUUGAAUUAAUUAUUUUGGAAGAUGGAGACUGUAGUGUAAUAAUUUCCGAAAUGAGUGGAGAGUAUGAUAACCAUUUUUGUAGUUAUGUUCUAAAUGAUAAAAAAUCUGUCCGAAUUAUUGAUAUAAAUGAUUUUGCCUUCUUCCUGCCCUUGUAUGCAAUGCAGUCGUUCAAAUUAAAUGAUUUAUCUAGUUAUAUGAUCCUUCCAAUUAAAUUAAUUUAGUCAUUAAUUUCCUAUGUACGAUGUUUAUUGGAUUAAUUUCUGAAUGAUUUUGGAAUUUAUGGGUGUAUUUAAAUUAAACAAUAAAGUAAGUGCGAAAAACUAAUUUUGUAUUUAAUUUUUCAGACGUUUCACGUCAAUGUUCCUGAGACUGAAAAUUUCUCAUGUUCAUUUCUACAAGACGAAACUCAUUCUGAAGCUGGGAUUUCAAUUGAUACCAAUGACAUUUUAGACGAGAAAGAAGCACGUGAAAGGGGGCUGUGCUUGUCGCCGUCAAUACUAAAAUGUAGUUCAAAAAGCUCCAACUCGCAUUCAAAUCAGGAGGAAAUUAAAAAUAAGGAGUUGCCACCCGCUCCAGUCUUGGACUCACAAAAUUGUCAAGAGCUUUUAGUGCCGUCAAAUCUUGUACCAAUUAAAACCCGUUUUCCAGUAAGGUCACAAAUUGAUAACCAGGUAUUUGCUUCUCCGGGAGCAGCAGUAGCAAAUUCGAACAGUAAUGUUUCAAGCCAGGCGGGGACCGCUCCAAAUCUAAAACAAAUUCCCCGUCAAUCUUCGUCACGUAGGAAUAUCUAUGGAUUUGAUAUAAACGAGGUCCUUCAGAAAUCUACUUCUUUACAAAAAAUCGUCGCCACCAAGAUUCCAGAGAAUUUAAUGAUCAUUAAAGCAGAUAGGCAACUUAUUGCAGCUGUUCUUAUCGAUGCUGUCAUUUUGCACCAUGGAACCCGACCUAGCAAGGAAGCUUUGGAGCAGUUGGCCAAGGAUUUGGUGAAUUAUACCCGACGUUUGGGGAUCGGAGAAAAUUACAAAACGGAUAUGAGAUGUGGUUUUUUAGCUCUCCAUAUUGUGGCGCUACUGGGUUUUUGGAGGAGAGAUUAAAAAAUCAAAGAAAGGAAAUUAACUCCAAAAGGACAGUAUUGGAGUACAAACUAGACGAAGCAGUUUUACAAUCUUGGGAUUCUGAAAAUGAGAAUGAUGACCAAGAGCCUGAGGAAGACAUACUAACUUACAUGCAGCACAAUUUUGGAAAUGAAAUAAAAAAUCACAUGAAAGACACGGUGUUUUCGAGGCGAACGUACAUUCGUCGACUCCAUCAAACGGGGCAAUUUCAUUUAGAGUCUAUUAUGAACAUUAUGCCUCGUCUCUUUGACACUGAAGGAAUGAUUGUCCAGGACUUUAAUGUUCGCCAUCCAAAGCUGUCUCUUGUCUUGUAUAACAAGUGGCCUCGAGUUUCAAAAUUGCUGUUAGAUUACGCCGAUCAAAGCGACAUUAACUAUAUGAAGAAGCUAGAUGUCCUCAAAGGAGUUAGCGAUUUGGAUGAUGAUGACAAAAUGACACUCGCCUACUGCCUUUUGCCAUACGUUCUACCAUCAUGUGGAAGAAAAGCGACGCCAGCAUCCGGAAAUACUAUGUCGACUGAGCAGCAAAGUCUUUCUGAAUCGCCGCAGGCAAAUAUCUGUGGAACACGAAAAAGAAAAAUCCCCGCAGCCUCUAAGUCUCCAAAGCACUUUAAAUCAAUUAAAGCUUCUGAUUUAGACUGCCUCAAAAGUCUCAUCAUUUUUAAAUCGGUAAAUACGCAUGUGGCGGAUGUCUUAGACGAAAAUCGCAAUAAAGCUCCAUUCAUACUCGCAUUGGGAAUUCCAGCGCUAUUGAAAUUUGAUGCCUUUUAUGUCAUCAUCGAUAAAGUGGCAAUCCCGUGCGGUUCAAGAUUCCUAGUCGCCCUCGACACCUGUUUCAAAACUUUUACAGUGCUUGGAUUACCCUUUCCUCUCGAGUCGUAUGAUCACUGGACAUUCAUUUCCCAUGGAGUAGCCGGAAACGGAAGUCACUCACCAAUUCCGCCGGUUGUUCAAGCUCUGAUCGGACAAAUCAUGUGCCGUAUUUAGGUUACAUUAGUACAAAAAUAUUAAACAUAAGUUGUGAUCAUUUGGUUGUUAUUA